AUGGACAUAGAAGACAUAAGGACACUGCGAAAGGAAUUCUCGGAACUACCGUCAGAUCUUAUAUAUGUUGCUAUAAGUGGAGCCUUUGUAGGGCUUAACCAGACGCCAGCAUUCCCUGUUUUGGUCAAAUGCAUUUUAAACGAUCAUAAGCCUGAAGCUGCUGCCAUGCUGACUCUAUGUCGAGAAACGGUAAUCUAUGGACAUUUGUUCAACGUCGAGAGCUUAUUAAACACAGUCACUCCCAAAACCCAGAUAUACAAGACACUUGCAGUCGCAGGAGCUCCACGUGUCAUCAAUGGCCUUACUCAACUUGCGAAUGGGAUAAAGGCAGUUGAUCCUUCCAUUACACUGGCAACGCUUCAAUCGAGACCCAAAGAACAAUUCUUGGACUGGAGGCCACGAGGAGAAGCGUUCUUUGAUAUUGUCUACGACAAGAACACUCAUCGCGUCAAAUCGAUCUUGAAUUCAAUCCACCCUGAUUUACUGGAUGCGAUCCUGACAGAGCAGUAUGGGAGAGUUCUCUCGGACGUGUCAACGCUCAAUGCUAUAUAUACAGAGCUUGGAAUGGUUGCGUGUUUGAGAAGUCAAGGUGGAGAAGUUAUGAAACAAUCUGAGUCGCAUCGAAGGGGUGCGCUUUAUGUUGGUGCGACGAUACAGCAAGUUGAAAACGUCGAAAAGAUUACAGAUAUCAUUGUGAGCAAGUUUGGUAAAGGGAAGUUGUAG